GCUACCACGUGCAACGUUUGUCCUAUCGUUAUUCUCAUCGUUAACCUGUCCCGGCAUUAGUUUACAAGAUUAUAAUAUUAUGUCUCUGUUAUUAAUGUCUUGGUAUUUUGUGUGUUCCGUUACUGUAAUUCUGCUAUUGAUCGCUCUCCGUACGUGUAGGAAACCAAAAAACUAUCCACCAGGGCCAAAAUGGAUACCGUUUGUGGGAAAUACGUACCAAUUAUCUAAAUUGGCUGCUACAAAAAAAGGUCAAUAUUUGGCAUUAGAGGAGCUCCGUCAAAGAUACAACUCUGACAUCAUUGGAUUGAAAUUAGGACGUGAAUAUGUAGUUAUUGUGUUCGGAAACGAUCUAUUGAGUGAAACGUUUCACAGAGACGAAUUUCAGGGUCGACCUGAUAAUUUUUUUAUGAGACUCCGGACAAUGGGCAAACGUAGAGGUAUAACAAUGACUGACGGAGAUCUUUGGAAAGUACACAGAUCGUUUGCGGUCAGACACUUGAGGUUACUUGGCUUAGGACAGAGAAGAGUGGACGAAUUGAUUUAUGAUGAAUAUCAAAUCAUGGUGCAACGUCUAAUCGAUGCGCCGAAAAGUGUUACGCCGGCCUCAUACUUGCAAUCAGCUGUAAUGAAUGUUUUGUGGGAGCUGACAGCUGGCUCUAAGUUUGAAGACCCUAAGCUGUUAGCAUUGAUGAGGAAACGGAGUGCAGCAUUUGACAUGGCCGGCGGGCUGCUCAACCAGAUACCAUGGCUACGGUAUUUGGCACCAACCAGGACGGGUUUCUCACUCAUAACUGAUAUCAAUCAGCAACUUUACUCCUUGAUAUCCAAUAAUAUUGCGGAACACAAGAGAACGAUAACUGACACUACCAGAGAUUUUAUUGACGCAUAUUUACAUCAAAUGAAAAAAGAAGAAGCAGAUAAUAAUACAACGUUUACUGAAGAGCAAUUGGUAGCUGUUUGUUUAGACUUAUUUAUUGCUGGAUCAGAUACGACAAGUAGUACAUUGGAUUUCGCUAUAUUGGCCAUGGCUCGGUGGCCAGAUGUCCAGGCUAAACUUCAAUCUACUCUGGAUGAAAUCCAACCUCCGGGGACGUAUAUUACAGCAGAACAAAUUCUUAAAAAUCGAUACGUGGAAGCAGUGCUUUUAGAAACGAAGAGGCUUAAUCACGUAGCACCAAUCAUAGGUCCUAGACGUGUGUUAAGAAGUACACAUCUUAAUGGAUAUAGUAUACCUAAGAAUACAACCCUUUUGAUGAGUUUGUAUUCAGUGCAUCAUGAUCAGUUGAAAUGGGGUGAUCCAGAAGUUUUUCGCCCAGAGAGGUUUAUGGACACUAACGGAACACUCAACACUACUGAAGACAUGUACUUUUUUGGAUUUGGAAAGAGACGAUGUCCUGGCGAAGCAUUGGCACAGCGGUUUGUUAACUUAGUAUUUGCCAACUUAAUCCACGAUUUUACAAUCGAAAUAGAUCAAUUACCCGAUGGAGUAAAUUGUGGUAUACUAUUAACACCAAAACCGUACAAAAUCAAAAUGACUAAAAGGAAAUGAAUAUCUUUUGUGUAUUUUAUUUCUAACAUUAUUUCUUAACUCUCACGGGCCAUGGUUAUGAUAAUUGUAUAACUUACUAAGGGAAGAUAUAAAAGUCAACGCUGAUUUUUUAAAUGAUCAAAUGAUGAUGAUCACAUAACAAUAAAUUCCGACAUAUUAAGUUUAUUACAGACAAAGUUUUAUGUUUCACAUUAAUGGAAUUAUUUAUUUUGAAGUGUGAACAUUUCAAACAAUUCAGACAGUUUAUCGAUUUCCUAUAUUUAUUUUUAUUUUUCAUCAUUAAUGAAACUAUGAUAUAGAUUGAAAGUGGAGAGCUGAAUGUAAUGAUGUGUAAUUGCUUUUAUUUGUGUGUGUCUGCAUCACUUUUAAUAGUAAAAAUGCUUAAACUUCCCUUUAUGAAGGAUGGGUUCUGAUAACAAUUUAUAUCUAGUUGGAAGUCUGGAGGGUCUAAAGCAAAAAUUUCGUAAAAAGUGUCACAUGAAAAAUGAAAACGAUUUGAAAAAACGGUAAUUUUUAAGCAAAAUCAGUUUUUGAAAAUUGAUUUUGUAUUUAUGUACACCUAAUUUAAAAAUUAAUAGGUAAUUGUUAAAACUUGAGAUGUUCACCAAAAAAAAAAACUUUGUCUAAAAUAUUUGUUCCGGGACCAGUUCCUUAUUUAAAAUUGUUUUGGCGAAAAACGGACAGGCUAAUGAUGUACCAUUAAUUGCCUAUCUAAAAUGCCGUGUGAUUAAAAUGAAUUCGUAAAUUAUUA